GUUUCUAUAGAGACACUUCCUGUGGCAGAGAAAAGAGGUAGUGAGCUGGUGUUUCAGGAUGUGAGGGCCCGCAGGAGCAGAACGAGCUCUCUCCACUGCCUGCCUGCCACCCCGAGAGCUCUGAUCUGUGCUUCCACAAUCCUUGUGGUGGGUGGCCCCCCGUGGCGGGGACCUGUGAUCAGCGGAGGUAUGCCAGGGAAGCCCAAGCACUUGGGUGUCCCCAACGGGCGCAUGGUUCUGGCUGUCUCUGAUGGAGAACUGACCAGCACAGCAGGUUCCCAGGGCCAGAGUGAGGGCCGAGGCAGCUCCCUCAGCAUCCACAGCCUCCCCAGUGGCCCCAGCAGCCCCUUCUCCACAGAUGACCAGCCUGUGGCCAGCUGGGCCCUAUCCUUUGAGCGGCUGCUGCAAGACCCACUGGGUCUGGCUUACUUCACUGAGUUCCUGAAGAAGGAAUUCAGCGCAGAGAACGUAACUUUCUGGAAAGCCUGUGAGCGUUUCCAGCAGAUCCCAGCCAGUGACACCAAGCAGCUAUCCCAGGAGGCCCAUAAUAUCUACCAUGAGUUCCUGUCCAGCCAGGCGCUGAGCCCGGUGAACAUCGACCGACAGGCCUGGCUUAGUGAAGAGGUGCUGGCCCAGCCCAGGCCCGAUAUGUUUCGAGCACAGCAGCUUCAGAUCUUCAAUUUGAUGAAGUUCGACAGCUAUGCGCGCUUCGUCAAAUCCCCGCUGUACCAAGAGUGCCUGCUGGCCGAGGCCGAGGGACGCCCGCUGCGGGAACCUGGCUCCUCGCGCCUGGGGAGCCCCGACACCUCGAGGAAGAAGCCGAAGCUGAAGCCUGGGAAGUCGCUGCCGGUGGGCGUGGAGGAGUUGGGGCAGCUGCCGCUUGCUGAGGGCCCUUGUGGCCGCCCUCUCCGCAAGUCCUUUCGUAGAGAGAUGACGGGUGGAGCAGUGAACUUAGCUCCACGGCGAGAAUCUCAGGGGUCCCUGAAUUCUUCUGCCAGUCUGGACCUGGGCUUCCUGGCCUUUGUGAGCAGCAGCAAAUCUGAGAGCCAUCGAAAGAGCCUUGGGAGUGGAGAGGGUGAGAGAGAAAGCCGGCCAGGGAAGUACUGCUGCGUGUAUCUGCCUGAUGGCACAGCCUCCUUGGCGCUGGCUCGACCAGGCCUCACCAUCAGAGACAUGCUGACAGGAAUCUGCGAGAAGAGAGGCCUCUCUCUGCCUGACAUCAAAGUCUACCUGGUGGGCAACGAACAGAAGGCCCUGGUUCUGGAUCAGGAUUGCACAGUGCUGGCAGACCAGGAAGUGCGGCUGGAAAGCAGGAUCACCUUCCAGCUGGAGUUAGCUAACCUGGAGCGUGUGGUGAGGAUCUCAGCUAAGCCUUCCAAGCGUCUGCAGGAGGCGCUGCAGCCCAUCCUGGCAAAGCAUGGCCUGAGCUUGGAUCAAGUGGUUCUGCAUCGGUCAGGGGAGAAGCAACUGCUGGAUUUGGAGAAGCUAGUGAGCUCAGUGGCCUCACAGACACUGGUUUUGGACAUCCUUCCAGAUGCUAAGAUGAGUGAAGCCAGCAGCACAUCCCCCUGCCGCAGCCAGGGAUGCCUGCCUAGAACCCAGGACAAGGACAGUCGUCUUCCUCCACUGCCCCCCAGUUUGCUGGUGGAAGACGCCAGUAGCUCUACUGGGAAACGGCAGACCUGUGACAUUGAAGGCCUGGUGGAGCUGCUGAACCGCGUGCAGAGCAGUGGGGCCCAUGACCAGAGGGGACUUCUUCGCAAAGAGGACCUGGUACUUCCAGAAUUUCUGCAGCUUCCUUCCCAAAGGCCGGGCUCCCAGGAGGCUCCGCCAUAGACUGAAGCAGGGAGAGGGCCCCUUGGACUCCGCUGCCCGCCCUCUGACGCCUGUGUAACAGUCCAGGCUGGCUGCAUGGUGCCUGGGCACACCAAGCAUGCUCUCUGCUUGCCCUGUCUGUACCCUGAGUGUCCCUGGCCCCUCUCUGCUAUGGGCAGGCCCACAGGAGGAGCCAGGAAGGGGUGUGAGGGGAACUCAGAGGAGCCACCCGCUCUCGUAGGUUCUUCCACCCAUUCUUUACAGCUAGCCCAUCAGGGAGAGGCCAGCCUAGGCUCUUGGCAUAAGCAUACUGAACACAAAGGGGGUGACUUUGGCAGUGCCAGCGUCCUCAGCUCGUUCUAAGCUUUAGCAGGGGGCAGGAGGAGGGGCUGGCCCCUCCUUAAAGCUGGUAUAAGUAAACCCUGGGCGUGCUGGUGGGUAGCCCCUCCCUCCGUUCACGUAGACUGUACAUAGGAUUUUAUGGUUGGCUUGGGGCAGCUGGGUUUGUCCUGGAUGUAUGAUAUUGUUAUAAUAAUUAUUAUUAUUCAGCUGUGA